AUUUCGUUGGUGUUUAUGCAACACAUAAAUGCACAACCAUUCCCCCGUGAUUAUCCUGAAGUAGUGUUUGCAAAUCCUCCUCUCGGACUUGGUGGGUGAGGCUUGUUCAAGUUCUAUCUUGAAUUGUCUGCAUGGUGGACCCAGAGAUUGUCUUUUAUGGCAUAAUAUGGUAGACAAGCAGAUUUUUAUUGUCAUCUGAUGCAAGUCUUGGAUCAGAAUUGCCUAGUAGAAACGCAGAUAUGUCGGAGAAAGAUUCAUUAACAAAUCUACAAACCGCUGAAACGGGCAGCAGAAGAAGCUCUCGUGAUGAUGUUGAUGGGGCUGUGGACGGCGCUGAAUUUAACGUAUCAGUCGAAGAGCUUAAGUAUCUUAUGAAACAAAGGGGUGAAGAUGGUAUCAAAGCUUUAGAUGAAAAAUUCGGGGGGGUUCGUGGGUUAUUGAGGUCACUACGGACAUCGUCCAUCGAGGGGAUCUUGGGCUUAGAGGAAGAUGUACGGCAAAGAGUUGAAGCUUUUGGCAGCAAUUACAUUCCACCUAAGCCUCCAAAAACCUUUUUAAGACUUAUAUGGGAAUCUCUUGAGGACACAAUAUUAAGAAUUCUUAUAGUUGCAUCUGUAUUUUCCCUUAUCCUUGGUAUGGUCUUCGAAGGUGUUGCAAAGGGAUGGGUCGAGGGCUUUGCCAUUUUUAUCGCCGUAAUGAUUGUAUCGUUGGUAACAGCCGUCAACGAUUAUGAGAAAGAGAAACAAUUUAGAAGUUUGCAAGGGAAAAUUGAGAGUGAGCACAAGAUUGCUGUUAUAAGAAACGGAAAGCAAGAUCUGAUUGUUUCCAAAGACCUUGUUGUGGGUGAUCUAUGCCAGCUGAAAUACGGGGAUGUUGUUCCUGCAGACGGAAUAAUUUUGCAGAAUAAUGACCUAAAGAUUGAUGAGAGCUCUCUUACUGGUGAGUCUGAUAUGGUGAAAAAGGGAGAGCGGGAUCUUAGCCUCUUCUCUGCCACACACGUAACGGAAGGAAGCUGCAAAAUGAUUGUUACUGCAGUGGGGCCUAAUUCACAGGCUGGAAUUAUUUUCUCUCUUCUUGGAGCAGUUGAUCAGAAAGCCAAUGGUAAUGGAAAAAAGGAAAAUGAAAAGGAAAAGCCACCUGUUGCUGGAGAUGGAAAAUUUGAAGAUGUUGACCUGAAAGAUGGAACAGGAGCUGGUAACGACGAAGACUAUGAUGAAGCUGAGGACAAGAAAGAUUCUGCCAAGUCUGUUCUUCAAGCCAAGCUGACAAAACUUGCUGUUACCAUUGGAUGGAUUGGAGUUGGCGCUGCAGCCAUCACCACCCUAGUGCUGAUUCUCAGGUUCUUGAUCGAAACAUACGCGAUAAAAAAGGAAUCUUGGAGUAAUAAGCACUUGCUUGAGUUCUUGAACGCCUUCAUCACUGGCCUUACUAUUAUGGUUGUAGCAAUACCAGAAGGUCUCCCUCUCGCUGUCACUAUUGCUCUUGCUUACUCAGUUAAGCGCAUGCUUGAUGACAAAAAUCUUGUACGCCAUCUGGAUGCUUGCGAAACGAUGGGAAAUGCAACUGCAAUUUGCUCUGAUAAGACUGGCACGCUAACAACAAAUCGUAUGACUGUUGUUGAAAGUUUCAUUUUAGGAGAACACCGAAAGACAAUUCCAUCUUCUGCAGAGUUGCCAAAGGAUUUCUUGGAACUUCUCUGCAGAGGCAUUGCUUUGAACACUAACUCCCAAUCAAGAAUCCAGCCCCCUCCACCAAACCAAGAGAACGCUUUGCCAAUGCAAUUGGGAAACAAGACAGAAUGUGCUUUACUUGGCUUUGUGUUGGAAGUCGGUGACACAUACCAAGUUUACAGGGAUGAAACCCCUGAAGAAAAGUACAAAAAGGUGUUCACAUUCAACUCUUCUCGUAAGUCAAUGACCACUGUAGUGCCCCUGGUUGGUGGUGGAUUCCGUAUUUACACGAAAGGUGCCUCAGAAAUGGUGCUUUCAAAAUGCACCUUCAUAACCGGAGCAGGUGGAAAAGUUACUCCUUUUGGGGAACGUGAUCAACAAGAUGUAGUGAAGAAUGUAAUUGACCCAAUGGCUUCAAAUGGUCUUCGUACGAUCGGGAUAGCGUACAAAGAUAUCGGUACAAGUGAAGCUGAGCCAGACUGGGACGAUGAAGCUAUAGUUGUAUCAAAUCUCACCUGCGUUGCAAUCUUCGGCAUCGAAGAUCCUGUAAGACCGGAGGUGCCACCAGCAAUUAGAAAGUGUCAAAGUGCUGGAGUGACUGUUCGAAUGGUUACAGGAGAUAACAUCAGUACUGCCAGAGCUAUUGCUACAAAGUGUGGAAUUUUGGACGCCAACAGCGACUUCCUUGUUCUGGAUGGAAAGGAGUUCAAUAAGAGAAUAAGAGAUAAGAAAGGAAAUGUUCGACAAAAUUUGCUGGAUGAAGUGUGGCCAAAAUUGAGAGUAUUAGCACGCUCUUCUCCUGAAGACAAGUAUACCCUAGUUAAGGGUAUAAUUGACAGUAAAAUCUCUAAAGCACGUGAAAUUGUUGCUGUAACGGGUGAUGGUACAAAUGACGGACCAGCACUCAAAAAGGCUGAUGUUGGAUUCGCCAUGGGUAUACAGGGAACAGAUGUUGCAAAAGAAGCAUCUGACAUCAUUUUGACUGAUGACAAUUUUAACAGCAUUGUACAGGCUGUGAAGUGGGGAAGAAAUGUGUACGACAGCAUCUCAAAGUUCAUUCAGUUUCAGCUAACUGUUAAUUUGGUGGCUAUCAUUACUUCAAUAAUAGGUGCUAUUGUUGUCAAGAAAAGUCCGCUGACUGCCAUUCAGUUACUCUGGGUUAAUUUGAUCAUGGACUCUCUUGCAUCUCUGGCCCUUGCAACGGAACAGCCUACUGACUCAUUACUUCAAAGAAAGCCUUACGGUCGCACCAAGCCCCUUCUGUCAUUGUCAAUGAUGCGACACAUUCUUGGUCAUGGCUUCUUUCAGCUUAUUAUUAUGUUUAUUCUUACAUUCCACGGACACGUCCUGUUUGAUGUUCCAUACGGCUUCAACCGACCCUAUGGUGCAGAGCCAACCCAGCAUCUCACUAUCGUCUUCAACACGUUUGUGUUGUUGCAAGUGUUCAAUGAAAUAAACUCAAGAAAGGUGCAUGGAGAGAGGAAUGUUUUCUCAGGAAUUUUCUCGAAUCGCCUUUUCCUUGCCAUUCUAAUCGGAACCGUUGUUGUACAGGUCCUGCUUGUUGAGUUUACAGGAAGAUUUUUCAGUGUGAAGGGACUAACCCUUGAACAGUGGAUGUGGUGCUUAUUUUUGGGUUUCACAGAGCUUAUCUGGGGACAAGUUGUUCUCAGUAUCCCAAAGUCGGUAUUCUCCAAGCGGUUGCGUUUUUUUCGAAAAGGCAUUCCUACAAAGGAGGUUAUUACUCCAGAGUCAAGUGAAAGUUCUGGUAGAGUUUUGUGGCUAAGAGGCCUAACACGACUGCAGCACCAAAUACGCGUUGUGAAUGCGUUCAAAACAGGCAUGGACCACAGACAGCGCACAAUGAAUAUAAUAUCACCAGCCGUCUUCAAUUCGCUUGUUGGCCCAGUUGGCACUGGAUUUGCCUCCUCUGACGAGCCAACAACUCCAUCGGCAACUUUAGUGGACACAGUGGAUGGAAAUGACGAAACAAAGCCUAUAAUUGCUGGUGCUGGCAACUAACUUUCGCGUCAACGACCCCCCAGAAACAAAGGUACUCAUAAUGAACAUUAAUACACGUAGAACUAUCCUCGCACCUUCAUUAGAAAGUAUGUCUGCACAUCGCCUACUCGAAUUCUAUGUUGUUUGCUUUAUUGGUAUAUUGUUCAAAAUUCGGUUCAAUUAGUUAUUAUUUCGGGUUUUUACAUCAAUUUGCCAUAAGCCUGUUCCGGUACAAGUUCCUCUAUUUAUUCGUUUUUCCAUUUGUUCCAUAACCCUUUCCAGGUUUCCAUUCCCGUAAUUUCGGCCCUAGGCCCAUGGAAGCCCACAGAGAUGGUAUUAUUGUUAGUGUUUAACCAGACGAAUUCUCAAUCUAACGAUGUUGUACAGUGGAAAUGAUUUUUAAAGUGGUGCAAGGGCGUAAUUGUUCCAUGAAAACAUCUUCAUACAAUCUUGUCGAGCCAUCUCCCAUGUACUACUGGGUUAUAGGGUUUUACAUGAACGUACGGUGUGAGGCGUAAAGCUUUGCAAGUAAGCAUUUAGGGGAUAUCAACGGUUUAGUUCUGGAAAUAUUUUAAUUAGGCGUUUCUUAUAUGUUAGAGCCAAGUGGUUCCUAGUUUUGACUGGUUUUUUAUUUGCAGAAAAGCAACGAUAUUCCUUAACUUCGUUUCAAUUUUAUACUUAAGACGGCAGAGUCUGACAUUACUAAACGCGCACGUUAACUGAUCGAUCCCGAUAGUAAAAAAUUUGGUUUUACAGUUACUAACCAUAAAAUUUCGGUACAUCAUCUUAAAACGUUUGUUAUCAGAUUGCCAUUUAUUAAUACUCUGCCAUUAAGCUUGGCAUUAUUUUUGUAGCUAAUUAUUUUGCUACCAAAGUCUUUAUUCAUUGAAGAUAUUCUUAAACUAAUGAUAAAAAUAUUUGAUGUAAUGCUCAAUAGGUUAUCCACGUUGGUUCCUAGUAAGAAAUGACACCUUCCAUCUUCACGAUAGUUUUCCGGUGACUCUAAGGGACGUUUGCCUCUCUCUGCUUUGGCAUCGCAUUGAGGUUACACAGCUUAAUGUUUGGUCGAAAUUGGAGAUGCUUUGUUACGGUUGAGAAGCAUUGUUUUAGUUGGAUGUACCAAAAUGUCUCAAUGCUCGUCUCAAAUGUAGGAACCUGUUAUGAUAGACCCUGUUUCUUAGCCUAUUUAAAUCUCCCCAAAAGGCUUAGGUAAGCUUCAAAUGAAAGUAUGCUAAUGAAACAAACCAUCUCCAUUGACAUCCGACAGGGGGUGUUUUAUCAUAUGUUUUCAUAAGGCUGCAGCUGUCGGUGAAGACUAUUCGCACUGCAUGCCAAUAUUUGUGUUGAAGCAGAAGCCCAUAGAAAUUAGAUAUCAGCUGUUUAGGUAAAGGCAAAAUAAACAAUCUGCAAAAUUACCUAAUUAAACUAGGCUAGCAUUUACGCGGGCUUGUAGAAAAUUAUUAAAAGGCUUCAUCCGAAAUGUCGGUGUUAAGAAGCUGCAUUACCAGGCUAAAUAUCGCCAUCCCACUUCUUCAGCCUUGAGGGAAAACCGUUGAAAAGCAUAAAGAAAAAGCUAUAAGCUAAGUUACGAUUUGAUUUACAGCAAUAGUAAGAAAUCAGAAGCUAUAUUUGUCAAGAAAAUUUUAAAUAAAGUUACUUUAACUGCCCCUUUUCCUUGGUAUGAAAAACGUAGGCCUUUGUACAUCACCAGGUUUUGGCCUAGAUACAUUUCUGUGAGUAGCUGAGCUCUGAGAUUGCUAUUUAUGGCACGGACACAGAAGAUAAUGUCCCAUGAUGCAUCGCUUUAUUGUCCUUCUUUCUUUCAAUAUCAAGUUCAUUUUUGAUUCUUAGUUUACGUUGUAGAUUUACUAGCUGUUGAUGCUGAUGAUAUUGAAAUAGUAACCGUUAGCAAUUAUAGUCGUUUUCUGCUAACGGUAAAUAUGAGUCACUUCGGUUCACUUUGCUUAUUUCUUGAGUUUUCUUUGAUGUGAAAUUCGAAAACCAUUUUGAUAUUAAAAACUGCUGUAUUUUCUUCAUAUGACACAA